GCCCGAGAGGACCCCGUGGAUGCAGAACCCCCGCUUCUCCCCGCCUCCGGCCAGGCGGCUGAGCCCCCCGGCCUGCACCCUGCGCAAGCACAAGACCAACCGCAAGCCGAGGACGCCCUUCACCACCGCACAGCUGCUGGCGCUGGAGCGCAAGUUCCGCCAGAAGCAGUACCUGUCCAUCGCCGAGCGCGCCGAGUUCUCCAGCUCGCUCAGCCUCACCGAGACGCAGGUGAAGAUCUGGUUUCAGAACCGCCGCGCCAAGGCCAAGAGACUGCAGGAGGCAGAGCUGGAAAAGCUGAAGAUGGCCGCCAAACCCAUGCUGCCCCCCGCAGCCUUCGGCCUCUCCUUCCCACUCGGCGGCCCCGCGGCCGUCGCGGCUGCAGCAGGAGCCUCGCUCUACGGCGCCUCCAGCCCCUUCCAGCGCGCUGCGCUGCCCGUGGCGCCCGUGGGACUCUACACAGCCCACGUAGGCUACAGCAUGUACCACCUGACAUAGAGAUGCCCGGGGUCGCCUACUGGGUGCCCGCCGAUUCCUCCAGCGCUGGGCUUCAGCAAACAGCAGGAGCCUUCCCCAGGCGCUCCCUGUUGGGCACCGCCUGGCUGCUUCCCUUUAAACCCCCACACUGCUCCGAUUUUUCCUCGGUUGCUCCCUAAGUUCACUCUCUGAAGUCUGAUCCCCUCCCCCGAAUGGCUAGAAGGGUCCCAUAAAGCUCUUCCAGAAUCUAGAUCUACCCCCUUGUGUUAUAGAUGGGGAAACUGAGGCCAGAGAGGUUGAGAAACGGAUCCACAGUCCCCAGCAGAGUUCGUGGUUGGACCAGAACUAGAGGCCAGGUCUCCUGCAUCGUUGCCUCCUGUCCUGACACUAGGCAGGAAAAGCACAGAGAAAUUCGUGUUGGAAGAUUUUGGAAAUGAGAACAGUCAGAGAGAAAGAGAAGAACAUGCCUGGAUCCUGGGUCCUGCCAUUGGAAAACUUACGAACUGUAACAGCAGGACAUUUGCUUUUGAAGGGGGAGGGAUGCAGAGAUGCGCGACAAAGGUAGGUUGAAGGGACCUCUCUCUCACCAGUACCGGAAAAAAAUUGUAAAAUAAAAACGAAAAAUUCUGUUUCUAUUUAACAGUACAUUUGGGUGGCUCUCAAGAUUCCCUUUGGAAGGGAUUGUUGUAAUAUACUGUAUAUUUGAAAUUUUAUUAUCAUUUAUAUUAUAGCUAUAUUUGUUAAAUAAAUUAAUUUUAAGCUACAAGAAA